CAAGCCCAGUCUGGAGGGUCAUCAGACGCAGGAAGAGCAGCAUGUGUAGGGUGAAGGUGUUCUCAUCCCAUCCUGAGCCCGAAAUUGCUGGCUGCAUGAUUAGGAGAAGUCAGUACUGUGUCCUGCUCUUCCUGGGCUGGGUAGGUGGCUAAGAGGCUUGGGGCACAAAGGUUUGGAGAAGUCAGAUCUAGCAGUUAUAGUGCCAGCCUUCAGCACAGACUUGGCCAUGACUUCCUUGCCUUGCCACAGAUGCUGUCCUGUGGUCCUCAGAAAAUCGGUGAGCCCCUCCAGCGCGCUGGGCGAUUGCCCUGGCAAUGUGAAGACUUCCCAACACCUACGUGGCAAUGUGUCCUUAGGCAAAGCCUGUGCCACUGGGGUUCCUCUGCGUGUGUUUACUGCCUGGGGCUCAAAUCCCCCCCUGUACAGACCAACGCCUCCCUGAAACAGCGAUGACAGCAGCUGGGAGCCUCUGAGAAUCCCUCCUGUGGUCUCGAACUCGUCGUGUUUCCCUUAUCGCUUCAGCACACCCUUCCCCUGCAAGAUUUCUACUCCUGCCUCCUGCCCAUCGGCAGGAAGGACGUUUAGCAACUUCUGCUCGUGUCCACGGGGCUGCUACGCCACGGGGAUCAAAACAAAGCCUGGGAGAGCGCGGGUGUUGCAAGAGGCCGCCUUGCACCACUCAGCCACCUCCCCAGGGACCGUCGGGCCACAGGCUUCAAGCUCAGGAUCAAGCGGACGGAGGAGGGCAAGGGACCAUGUUCCAGGCCACGGAAGCCACCAGCAACCCCCCGGCUCAUGAGGCAAAGAACAACUCAGGAGGCAGCACGGUGCAGCGCUCCAAGUCCUUCAGCCUGAAGGCGCAGGUGAAGGAGAUGUGCACUGCUUGCCAGAAGACCGUCUAUCCCAUGGAGCGGCUGGUGGCGGAUAAAUUUGUCUUCCACAACGCCUGCUUCUGCUGCAAGCACUGCCACGCCAAGCUCAGCCUGGGCAGCUACGCGGCGCUCCACGGGGAAUUCUACUGCAAGCCCCACUUCCAGCAGCUCUUCAAGAGCAAAGGCAACUACGACGAGGGCUUCGGGCGCAAGCAGCACAAAGAGCUGUGGGUGCACAAGGAAGUGGAGAGCGGGACCAAGACGGCGUGAGUGGGACCCAGCCCAGCCUUCCCUGGAUGGAGCACAACAGAGACGGCGCGGAGCACUGCUGAGCCGGCAGCUAACUGAGCUGAUGUAAAGCAAAGGGGACCCUAAGCGCCCGUGGGUGGUAAGGGAAGGGAGGCAGCCCGAUUUUGAGGCCUCUGGAGGAUGUCUAGAAGGGUCAUGCAGACCCUAAGGACAGGGCGGAGGUGAGCGGGGUGUAGCCCCCAAACCUGAAGCCCUCUCUCCCUGAUGAGAUCAGACCAGAAGCACUUGCCCCCAUGGGAAUGCCCCAGCCCUGUUCACACAUUUCAGGCCUGCUACAAUGGAAAAGGAGACCUGGGGACUCUGAGAGCCAGCCCCAACCUAGCCUGUAAGUUAGAGCAGAGCUCCCAGCUCCUGCCACACCGAUUCUGCCUUGUUGGGGCUCUGAAUAAGGAGGGUCUUUGGUUUACAUCAGCUCCGUUCAGCUGGGAUUGUUCAGCCUUAAGGAUGUUGCCCUGCGACUGUUUAACAGUGUCUGUCUUUUUUAUAUUUGCCUUUCUUUGGUACGUUCUGCGUUGGAGCCCAGCAGGGCUUCACGUGUGACACUGCGCAAUGCGCUCUUUUAUUUUUGUAAUACAAGGUUUCCAAGCCUUC